UACGCCGGAGACUCUCUUUUGACGCUCUUUUGCUCCGCAUUACACACCGCUACCUUCGUGUCAAGUACCACCAAGUGGUCGAAAUAUUCCUGGCGGAAUAAACUGAGACAAGCCCACCAGAAAAAAAAAAUCAAAGGAUUAAUAUUUAUUUAUUUAUUUAUUUAUUUUAAGUUGCCCCCCCCCACCCCACUUCAACAAGUCUUGCCAAUCAUGAGGAUUUGGAGAGUUGUGCUUUUGGUGCUUCACGCCCUGGUGGCGUCCAGACUGGCGUGUGGUGCGGCGGUGGACCGGUAUGACAGCCACAGGCAGCGGCACCCGGACACGGCUGUCAUCAACUUCCAGGACACCAGCAAAGAUGGAAGGCCAGCGGUGGAGAGCAGAGGAGGCCCAACAUCACAGGAGGAUGAGGAUGAGGAGUAUGAUGAUGAAUACUACGAGGAUGGGAAUAAAUAUGAGGACAGCACGUCCGGGGAUGAUGAAGUGGAAAUACCAAGAGUUGCUAUGUCAAGCAAGCCCCGAGACCCAUCUGUCAUCCUGGAGGCAGAAAGCACAGAAGGACAGAGAAGGCGAGAAAAGGGAAGAAAGAAGGGAAAAGGGAAAGGAAAGAAGAGGAAUCCUUGCUUGAAGAAGUAUAAAGAUUUCUGCAUCCACGGCACCUGUCAGUACCUGAGGAACAUCCGACUUCCAUCUUGUGUGUGCCAUCCGAGUUACUCCGGGGAAAGGUGUGAGUUCUUCACUCUGCCCGUUGAGAGACCUCAGGAGGGCUACAACCGCACCACGGCUCUGGCCGUGGUGGCCGUGGUUCUCUCGUCCAUCUGCCUCACCAUCAUCGGGCUUUUACUCAUGCUCAGGUUUCACAAGCGGGGAGCAUAUGAUGUAGAGAAUGAGGAGAAGGUCAAGUUAGGGUUAGCGUCCAACCACUGAAGAGACAAAGAAGGGCAAAGGAGCGGAGAUACUACCUCAAAAUAGAAAGAGAAGUGAACCACGGAAGGAGGUCCUGACGAAAAGCAAAGGAACACAGACGGAUGAAGAAGGGAAACAGAGGGUGUCCGCUUCACCCGUUGCUGGAUGUUCACGUGAAAAAAAAAAUGGACAGCUCAGCGUAUCCCUGAAGGCUUCAGGAGAAGGCGGCCACAAGUGAAAGUGGAAUAUAGGAUGGCCCAGAGGAUGGACUGGAAUGGAAGUGUGGCAGGCACUUGGUCAUGACAAGAAGUUGAAGAAGAAGAAAGGAAAGGAACAUUUGCUGCUUCCUGACUGUGUGAAAUGAAAUUUCAGAUUGUACUGAAUCUGAUUCAUCAUCAAAAAAGAAAGUUCAAUCUGGAAUUAAAAAAAAAAAGAAAGAAAAAAAGAAAAACAGGCGGCAUUUUAUAUUUUCCCGCACAAGUGCAUUAUAAUUUCUUUUCUGUACAGUUAACGGUGUAUUUAUACUUUUUAAUUUAUUUAUUUAAGCUAACUGUAUUUAUGCAGGUUUUAACCUCUUUCAACAGAUCAAAAUGGUUGUUACAGUGGUUUUUAUAUUCCUUAUUGGAUAUUAUUUAUUGAAGAAAAAGUACAAUGCUUUCUGCUCCUGGACACACAAAAAAAAUGUUAUAAAAAACAUGAUACAUUUUGAUUUUAUAUUGGCACUCAGAACAUGAUCAGUAGCACUGUGAUUUUUUAAAAGUUUUUUUUUCUUUUUUUACUGAUUAGUGUUAUAUAUUUUUAAACUGUCGUUUUCACUGAAAACAAACAAUUCUAAAGGCAUCUUGUACAAGUAGUUUGACACAUGGGACAAUUGAAGGUUCAUUGGUUAUAAAUGUUCUCAUUCAGAGUUGUCCAUGUCUGAGUGUUAAGUGCCAGAAUGGCUUUGAAACUUUCAAAAGGGAGUCCAACAUAACAUUUGGGGCCUGGAGCCAAAGCACUGUUGAAAGAAUUUGGAUGCAAAUCUUUUGUUUUUGUCCUCGUCUUACCAUCAUUUAAAAGACAAACACUUACAGUAACUAGCAAGCAAUAAAAUGUGAAUUCAAGUGUUAGACCCUUUCAAAAACUGCAGUUCUGAAGUGUUUUUUAAAAAAAUGUGACUUAAUUCAAUAAAUCAGAAUUCUUAA